AUGAAAACAAUAAUCCUUGCCUUAGCACUCAUUGUGUUAGCCUCAUCAACAUAAGCUGAUGUCAUUGCAACAAUCAAGAAGAUUGACUAAUCACCAUUCGGAAGAACAUUGUUCGACACCAUCUGGCUCGAACUCUAAACAGGAGAUCCAUUAGACAGAUUACUCUAAACCUUGACAGAUUUGGAAGACAGAUAUGUUGCUGAAUAAAAGGAAGACGAUGCCAGAAACCACGAAUACUAAGAUGCAUGCACAGUUGUAAGACAUAUACACUUAUAAAAUUCUAGGACAUCUCAGCUUUCGAUAAGGAUUUGGCUGAAUCUAACAGAAAGAAGAUUGAAUUAGAAGCUAGAUUAGAAGGAUAAUUAUACCCAUAAAGAGGAAUCUUAUAAGGAUUAGUUGCCUAAAAAUAAGCUGAAGUCAAGGGAUACUAAAAGGAUUUAGAUGAACUCGAUGCUUAAAGAGCUGAAGAAAACGCUGACUUUGAAGAGAAAGUCUUAGAACACUAAGAAGCCACAGCUAUCAUUGCUGAAGCUAGAAGACUCUUCGCUGAUAACAUUGAACACGAAUCCUUCAUCUAAAAAGGAAAAGCCACUAGAUAACCAGUUCACAAAUUCACCAAGGAAGUUGCUAGCAUGAUCUAAAAACACUUCACCUAAUCUGCUAAGAAGGCUGCCAAAUUCUAACACAGAAAGGGAUACAGCAAAUUAUUCAAAGCUUUCGCCACAAUUGCCUCAAAGGUUGAAUAAUUAGCUGAUGCUGGAGCUGUCUCAAAGAUCAUCGAUUUAGCUGAUGAAUUAUUAGCCAAGAUUGCUGAUUCAUUGUCCUUAUUGAGAUUCGCUGAAGAUAAGAGAGUUGAAGCAUACAAGAAAUCCAGAAACUUUGUUGUCAUCUCCCUCACUGUUGCCGGAACUGCUCUUGCUAACGCUUAAUCAGAUUUGGCUGCUUUGAAUGAUGUCAUUGCUUAAGUUGAAGCCUCACUUGACACCACCAACUAAAGAAUUGAAAACGUCACUGCUGACAGAACUGACAGAUUCACCUAAUGUGAAGAAGCCGUCUAAGAUUACUAAGAUGCUAGAUCUGCCAGAACCUCUGACAGAGAUGUCGUUUCAUAAACCAUCGGAUUAGUCAAUAAGGAAUUAAGAACCUUAAGAGAAUAAUUAGCUUUAAGAUAAUCAGCUGGAGAAGAAAUUUGAUA